CCUGAACCCCGGGCGGGAGGGGGAGGGGGAGGGGGAGGCGGAGGCGCAGGGCUGGGGGGUCGGCGGCCUCGGGAGCUGUGACUGCGGGACCUGUCGCCUGAAGUGUCCUAAAGGGUUAUUGCUGGGGCCUAGUGCCUAUACUACUCUAUCAUCCCCCCUUUCGCCUCCCCCGCCAGGAGUUUCACAAACUGGCCAGAGCACACGGGUUCAACUGCAGUUUGCUUCCUCAGCGCUGAGACAGCAUGAGCCACCUGCAGACCCUCAUGUUAGACACUCUCCUGGGCACAAAGCAUGUGGACAGCGCGGCCCUCAUCAAACUCCACGAGCGGACUCUGUGUGUCGCCUCGCCCGGAUUCAGUGUCAUGCCCAACGAUAUUCGAACACUUACAAACGGAUUCGCCAAGAACCCUUUACAAGCCCGACGAGAAGGGCUGUAUUUCAAGGAGAAGGAUUACAAAUGUGUGCGCGCAGAUGACUACUCACUCUACGCUAAGAACGAAAAUUCUGGCGUGAUAGUUGUGAAGACCCACAUGUAUCUUCUGGUGGCAACGUACACUGAGGGCAUGUACCCCAGUGUCUGUGUGGAAGCCACCGAGAAGCUGGGAGACUAUCUCAGAAGAAAAGGAAGUUAAGUCAUCAGAGGACGAUGAAAGGCAGCUUUUAUUAUCUAGAGAAAAUUAUAGAUCCUACAGAAAAAAGAAUGCCUUGUUUUAUCACUGCCGAAAACUAGGCAGGAACUGGAAGAUAACUUACCCAAUACAGCACACCCACCAUGCUCAAGGGCCCGGGUUCGAGCCCCUGGUGCCACCUGGGAGCAUCAUGUACUACUCCAAGGGGAGCUCCAUGAAAGUGGAAUGUUGCUGA